AUGGCUCCAGAGCCUGAGGGCUCAUCCACACUCUGUGAUUCCCUGAUGAAGAAUUUUGUCUUAGCCGUGGACCUGAGACCGAAGUGCUCCCCAAACUAUGCAUUAGGGAGCAGCAGCCCUUUGCAUGCAGAACUGAGAAGCCACUGCCUGGAGACUAAACCUGAACAUCAAAGGCUGAAGAGAGGAAGCGCUGGUGGCUCCCCAGAGGCCCCAGGGUGCAGCUCCCCUGCUCCACCAGGGAACCUCUGCCAUAGACCGAGAACCCCAACACCCACCCUCCAAUUCUCGCCCAGCAGUUAGAAUUAUCAGGUUGGCUUCAGGCCCUGGUCCAUGAACUUGGUACCCCUUUCCUGCUGCUCAGACAGACUGAGCAGGGCGGUGAGUCCCUCUCAACAAUGUCCUCUGCAUUCCCUCAGCUCCCAUACACAGGGCAGCCUAUGUGGCUGA